CUCACUCACUCCUUCUCUUACUCUCUUCUCUUCGUGUACUAGCAGAGAGAGCUUUUGCUGAUGGCAUCUAAUUUAAUUGGGCAAAUCGUAUUUCCUCCCGAUGUUCAUGGUUACAGAGUGUGGGAGGAUCCAUCUUUCAUCAAGUGGAGAAAAAGAGACCCCCACGUGACUUUGCAUUGCCAUGAUUCAAUUGAAGGAUCACUUAGGUACUGGUAUGAUCGCAGCAAAGUGGACUUCCUGGUUUCCAAGUCUGCUACUUGGAAUGAUGAUGCUGUUCUUGGAGCUCUUGAUUGUGCUGCAUUUUGGGUCAAGGGCUUGCCCUUUGUUAAGUCAAUGUCUGGAUAUUGGAAGUUUUACUUGGCCUCGAGUCCUACUAGUGUCCCGAUAAAAUUUUAUGAAAGUGAUUUCCAGGACUCAGAGUGGACCACUUUGCCUGUUCCUUCAAAUUGGCAGCUGCAUGGGUUUGACCGCCCUAUAUAUACAAAUAUAGAUUAUCCAUUUCCAAUGGAUCCUCCUUUUGUUCCUACAGAGAAUCCUACAGGUUGCUACAGGAUUGAGUUCCACAUUCCUCAAGAGUGGGAGGGUAGAAGAAUUUUAUUGCAUUUUGAAGGUGUUGAUUCUGCUUUCUGUGCUUGGAUAAAUGGGUCCCCUGUGGGAUAUAGUCAGGACAGCAGGCUACCUGCAGAAUUUGAAAUUACUGAUUUUUGUCAUCCUUGCGGUUCAGAUCUUAAGAAUGUUCUAGCUGUUCAAGUAUUUAGAUGGAGCGAUGGCUCUUAUCUUGAAGAUCAGGACCAUUGGUGGUUAUCUGGCAUCCACCGUGAUGUGCUUCUUCUAGCAAAGCCUAAGGUAUUUAUUGCAGACUAUUUUUUCAAAUCAAACCUUGCUGAAGAUUUUUCUUAUGCAGAGAUACUGGUUGAAGUUAAAUUAGAUAACUCACAAGAAGCAUCAAGGAAGUGUUCUUACAAACUAUAA